AUGGAAAUUCAUGAAAAUUCACAUAAUAAUGCUCCAACAGCUCAUCUAUUCGGGAAAACUUAUUUGGCUAAAAACGAAGAGUUUUAUAUUCCAAAUGAUCCAGUCAUACAUAUGGCAGCUGGCGAUAGACACACCAUUAUUAUUACUGAAAGUGGUCGCGUAUUUGGUUUUGGUGAUAAUGAUUCAGGUCAACUCGGUCUCGGUCAUACGACUAGUACCAAUGAAAUUUCAACUGUAAAAACUUUAGAUUUUACGAAAAUCGAAGAAAAAGUUAUAUUAGCUGCAUGUGGCCGUGAAUCAUCAUUGCUUGCUACAAAUCAUGGUGCAUUGUAUGCAUUCGGUUCAAAUAGACGUCAUCAAUUAGGUAUUGGAUUAAAAGAAGCACGACUUAUUUAUCCUCAUCCGGUUCGAAUCGGAUAUUUUCGUUCAAGAAUGUCUUGGAAACAAAUAGCAAUGGGUGCAGAACAUACAUGCGCAUUAAAUUAUGAUGGUAAAGUUUAUGUUUGGGGUUCAAAUGAAGAUGGUCAAUGUGGACUGGCACGUAAACAAAAUGAUAUUAAAAAACCGACAGAACUGAAAUUACAAUAUUUUGUCAACAGCAUAUCAUGUGGUUAUUAUCAUACGGGCUUAGUAGUUAAAAAUGGUCGCUUAUUUUUAUUCGGGAAUAAUCGCGAUAGACAAUUAGGACGUUCAAUACCCGAUCAAUCUAUUCGUCCGUUAGAAGUUUCAUUACCGGAUCGCGUUAAAGUUGUUGCAUGUGGAAAUCAACAUACUGUUGUACUAACGGAAAAAGGAGAAGUCUACACAUGUGGACGUGGUGAACAUGGUCAACUUGGUCUUGGUCGUAAAAUUUCAAAUUCAGAAAAUUUUAAAAUGAUUGAAAAUUUACCAAAAAAUCUUACAACUAUUGCUGCUGGCAAAGCUCAUACAGUUCUUCUUGGUCUCAAUGGUGAUCUGUAUGUAUUCGGUGAUGGUAAAUAUGGAAAAUUAGGUUGCGAAAUGUAUUCCAAUAAAUUUGAACCGUGUUCAGUCGAUACAUUCAAAGGAUUAAAUGUAUUAAAAGUUGUUUGUGGUGGUGAUCAAACAAUAAUAAUUGCUCAAAAGAAACGAAGUCAACAAGAUGAAGAAGAUCUUGAAAAUACAUUAAAUUCGAUAACUGAAUUCAUGAAAAAUCUUCAUCAUAGAAGCCGUUCACCUUCCAUGACUAAUUACAUGAGUCAAGUCGAUCAGUCAAUAGAAGCAUGUCAUCAACAUGUUAAACUAUCAAAAAAUUCACUUUCAUAUACUCGAUCGAAUUCUGAUCCUGAUGACUCAUCAGUAUUCACGGAAAGUCCAUUGAUGAGUACAAAAUAUGAAAAAACAACUGACGAAUCUUCACCAACGAGUACUUAUAAAAAUAAUGAAGAUCUAAUAAGUUUAAAAACAUCUGCAUCCAAUUGUACAAUACCUCUUAUUACUAUUACAAAUGAAUCAUUAAAAUUAGGCCAUCGUUUUUCAUCUCUAGAUGAACCUCUUUAUAAUCGUAUAAGUUUGAAUGAUUGUUUGAAAAAUGAAGUACAUUCUGAUACUAGAACAUCAUCAUCCGAUGAACGAUUGUUGCCAAUGCCGAAACAAAGUUUCGAAACAAUAUCAUUGCAUGCAGCGGACAUUAAUAUUAAUGAACAUUUAAAUCCUAAAGUAUUAUCCAAAUAUUAUCAACAUAAUCCUGAUGGUAAAAGCAGUCUAUCGUCAGUAUCAUUAACAACUAGCAGCUGUACUUCAUCAUCUAUAUCAUCGACAGAUUAUAAAAAUCUAAUAAUAAGUUCACAAGCAUUAUGUGCAUUUCAAAAUAGUUUUAUGUUCCCUACAGUUGAAACACCUGAAAACCUCAUGAUAUCGAAUUCAAAAGUUGACGUUAACCAAACACAGAUUAAAGGUGAACCACAAACUAGAUUUUUUUCAAGAGCUCUAAGUAAAAGAUCGACCCAACAAUCGUCAACAAAUACAAAUAAAGCUUCUAGAAUGUGUGUUCUUAUGUAA